UAUUUGCCCAGGAGGGCCAGCCUAUAAAUCGAAAUGACCCAAUCACUUCUUUUCUAUUUGAGGAUGCAAACCGCAAGGAUGAAGCAGAAGCCAAAGACCUCCUGCCUGACUCUCAAGCUCCGAGAAGUGGCCUCCAUGUAUUUCACAGGAGUGGCCAUCUUCCUGGUCAUCUUGGUGGUUGCUCUGCAAGGCACAGAUCCGAGGGAGAAUGGCUUCCUCUACAGGGUGUCCCUGGACCCUCAAGGCCUUCUGGAGCUCUCGUGGAACAUCAGCUACCCCCUGCAGGAGGUGCAUUUCCAGAUCCUGGUCAAGGAGCUCAAAUAUGGGAUCCUUUUCGGCAUGUCUGACCGAGGAGGCUUUCAGAACGCUGAUCUGGCUGUCCUCUGGAGUGAUGGACGCCAGUCCUAUUUCGCAGAUGCCUGGAGUGAUCAGGACGAGCGACUCCACAUGGAUCCUCAGCAGAACUACAGGCUUAUCAGUGCCCAUCAAACGGCCGAGGGCCUCUCCCUGCUCUUUAAAAGGGCUUUCAGCACAUGUGACCCCAAGGACUAUCUCAUCGAGGACGGCACUGUACAUCUUAUCUAUGGGAUCCUGGAGAAACCGGUCCCCUCCCUCCAAGCCAUCAAUGUCUCUGCCCUCCUCUGGAAAGGCCUGCAACGUGUCCAGCUACUGAAACCCAUCAUCAGGAUCCCACCCCUGCCUGGUGACCUGAAGACCAUGGAAAUAAGAGCUGUUGACGUGGAGAUCCCCAGCCAGGAGACAACUUACUGGUGCUUCAUCCAGGAGCUCCCAGAGGACUUCCCAAAGCAUCACAUCAUCAUGUAUGAACCGGUCAUCACAGAGGGGAAUGAAGCUAUUGUCCACCACAUGGAGGUCUUCCAGUGUGCUGCCAAUUUCAACACCUUCCCACACUACAAUGGGCCCUGCGACUCCAAGAUGAAGCCAGAACGCCUGAACUACUGCCGGCACGUGCUUGCCGCCUGGGCGAUGGGUGCACAGGCUUUUUACUACCCAGAGGAUGCAGGGCUUGCCUUUGGGGGCCCUGGUUCUUCCAAGUUUAUGCGCCUGGAAAUCCAUUACCACAAUCCCCUGGAACUCAAAGGUCGCCGUGAUUCCUCAGGGAUCCGCUUGUAUUACACAGCCUCUCUCCGGCCUUACAAUGCAGGGAUCAUGGAGCUGGGCUUGGUCUACACACCGGUGAUGGCCAUUCCUCCAGGCGAAAGACACUUCCAACUGACCGGCUACUGCACUGAUAAAUGCACUCAGCUGGCACUGCCUCCUUCUGGGAUCCACAUCUUUGCUUCCCAACUUCACACCCACUUGACAGGGAGGAGCGUGGAGACGGUGUUGUCAAGAGAAGGGAGAGAAGAGGAAAUUGUCAACAUCGACAAGCACUACAGCCCUCACUUCCAGGAGAUCCGCAUGUUAAAGAAAAUUGUGACUGUUUUCCCGGGUGAUGUUCUCAGAACCACCUGCAUGUACAACACGGAAGACAGGACUAAGGCAACUGUGGGCGGUUUUGGCAUUAUGGAAGAGAUGUGUGUGAACUACAUCCACUACUACCCACAGACGGAGUUGGAGCUGUGUAAGAGCGCCAUAGAUUUGGGCUACCUCCAUCGCUAUUUUAAUCUAGUAAACAGGUUUAACAAUGAGGAUGUCUGCACAUGCCCAGAGACCUCUGUCACAGAGCAGUUUGCUUCUGUCCCUUGGAAUUCUUUCAACAGAGAUGUCCUGAAGUCCCUGUAUGACUUUGCCCCGAUUUCUAUGCAUUGUAAUAAAUCCUCAGCAGUGCUUUUCCCGGGUGAAUGGGAGAGGCAACCUGUACCAAAGACCACAGAGAUACUACAGGAACCAGAGUCAAGCUGCGAGCCCAACCUAGUCCGUCCCCCAGUGUCCCCCACUCUUGUUAAACUCAACAAGGUGCCUUUAAAGUGA